AUGGUCCAGGCAGAGCCUCGUCUCGACGAUGUCGACGCGAAGAUCCAUCCGGCCAGCGCAGACCACAGUACCGCGCGUGCAGGUGCACGCACGGAUACCCUCACCUGGUUUAGCCCGCCGGUCGAGACGGUUGCCCGGGGUGUGGCCGCCGAGCAGAGCCCAGCUACGUGGAGCCACAGGUGAGAGUUGGGUGCCAGCAAAUGGACGCUAGGCGUAGUCUCACCUGCAAGCAAGUGAGUGACCACUACGACCUUCACGUGAACCCACCGCUGACACGCCUACACCCCCCCAUCACACACACACACACACACACACACACACACACAUGCACACAUUUCUACCAUCAGAGAGAGGUGAGCGCGCAUACACGAGGGUCCGGAGAAGAUGCCAGCCUGGCGGCUGCUUUAAGAUCACAUCUGCCUGGAGCGGUGAGGUGGUGCAUGUCGGUGUGGAGGGACCCGGUUAACGAACACGUCCUUCGUCAGUUCUGCAUACCAAAUUGCCAAAUUCAUCGAACGGGCCAACAUCAGGUGUUUUUGGAGUCCUAGUUCAUCCGGCAGGAACUGGGGAGGACAACGCUGGAUGCGUCGAUAAGUGGUCAAAUCUGUCGUUUCUCAUACGUAAGAAUAUGAGCAGUACCUUUGCGCACAGAACAGAAACUUGGAUAGGUCUGCCAACGGAGAAUUUCUAACAAGGACAAUUUCGAGCUCAUCAUUCAGGUAGGAAAGAACUGAAAGUUGAGCUGAACGAGUUCUGACAAUUGUGUUACGGGAUCACGACCUGUGUAUAAUAUGAGGGUAAAUGCUAAGCCACCGACCAUGCCAGAUUGUAGAGCAAAAAACGGGCCGGCUUGGCCUUGCAACUCUGGUCAAGCCGCUGCAGACAGUCGUUACAAUCACACCGUCACGAGGUAGACUUGCAUUGCAUUUACCGCACUCGCUUUCUUCACCCACUUUAUUCUGAUGACAAAAUAAUAUCAAGACCGUUGGGCUCGGGUGCAGUGAUUGACAAAACCAAACGGUCCGACUACGCGUGCGCCACACGGCCUCGUCCACGCGGAAUGCACAAGAAUUUCACGAGGGCGGCUCGGAUCCCAGAUGAGUGAGGUUGCCUCAAAGAUCACACAUUAAGAGGCAGCCAUUGCAGUCUGAUUCUCAGUUAUCAAUGCACUUCAAAGUGCUCCCAUGCAGACCAAGCAAUCCGGAUAACCCGGUGAAUUGUAAAUAACGCUUCUCUAAAAGAAGACGAAGGCAUGAUCACUGGGACGGUAGAUUUAUUGGCCUUAGCUCUCGAACUCGAACUGGAGUUCAUCAUCAGAGACUGCUAGAGUGCAGCAACGUGUGAACAUUUAUAUCGUUGUUCCGUGCAGCCACGGACGUAGUCCUCCCCCCGCAGGGAACAACGAUAUAAAUGUUCGCACGCUGCUGCACUCUAGCAGUCUCUGAUGAUGAACUCCAGUUCGAGUUCGAAAGCUAAGGCCAAUAAAGCUACCGUCCCAGUGAUCGUGCCUUCGUUUUCUUUUGAACAAGAACCUGGCAUGCGCAUAUUCUCUUCCAUUUGUGAUAACGCUUCUCAAACGGGAAAUCCCCGCAUUAAAAAGACAGCCGGAGCAGAGCAAAUUGCCCAGUCCGACUCGAGCAACGCAAAAUUACGGUUUUCUGAUUCUCCUUUUGGAGAAUGUUGAUCUGCAGGGCAACGAAAGCAUUGCACUUUUCGAGUCGAAGUCAAAUGACUGUUGAAACGGUGGGCAUAUCUCCGCUCACCAUUCUCUCCUUACGACUAAGCACAGCCGAAAUCCGCAAACAUGAAUACAGGGGGAACAAAAAGGAAUACCUUUGGGUGAAUUUACUCCCACCCCCUGCUGGAAACCAAACGAGACGCAUGAAGAGGACAGUUUCUGCAUCUUCCCUCUAUAAAAAUUGAUAAAGGAAGACUGCUGGAUGUUUAACUGAGAACAGAACGGCUGAUAACUACUCGCAGGAAUGAAGUAUCGCAGAUUUUACGAGAUGACUUGAUAGGAGACAGUAAAGCGGUGAGACAAUCGGGGGAGGACUAAUUAUCACUGCGAUCAGAGAUCACGGCAUUGGCGACCUACGCAUCAGACACAAUGGGCCGGAAUCUCUAGUCUCGAAAUGCCAGAUCCGGAAUAAAUCUCUCCUGGUUGAGGCCUCUUCUUUUUUGACUACUCUAGACGAAGCAUGGCCAGCCAGAACCCAGACCCCUUGGAAAACCUUCUUUAUACAGGUCUUUAGUUGCAUAUUUUUUCGAAAUCUCAAGUCUUAUACAGGGCAGUUGCUGCCCCUUCGAGGCUUAAUGGGCCGAAAUAAUACAAACUCCUCGGCAGUAGAGUAGAAUACAUAUAAAAACAAAGAAGGAACGAGAUAAAAGAGAGUAGUUCUACCGAAACAGUGAAUACUCCGAGUCACAACGGACAGGGCAACGAGCCUGUGGCUCAGUCGUGGUGCGUUUGACUACAUGACGCUCAGUAACCAAAGAACCGAGGUUUGAAACUUAGGUGCAACAAAUCUGAGGUUGCGUAUGGCUGGCUGAAGAUGGCCGAUAAAACAGAAAUGGCUAUGUCCGUCUCCCCUAUCUUUGUCGGCACCCCGACAGGCACGUGCUUGUCAGCAUCAACAGGAGAAGGCUGAUAGAAGUACUGCCUGAGAAGGGGGUGCCGACACACACACACACACACACACGACAGUUCGACCGUCGAUUUCGACGAUGUCCACCGUGUGCCCCACAGCUGCAGCAGCGGUGGGAGCAGGGACGGUGACUUGCGCAGGGGGUUUAUAGUGCCGGUAGACUUGCGCAGCAUCUACCUACACUCUCUCCUCCUCCCCCGCCUGGGCCCGGUGUCAAGACAGAGUCAAGAAGACCGGAGACGAGGGAGGCCGCAGGUGGAUGGCUCGGACGGAUCCUCACCUCGGCGUUCCACCACACCCCCUGGUCCACACAACAAUAACCAGAAUUUCAACCAACACAACAGAGAUUUGGAGGCUGGCACAGCCGAAGCCGCACCUGGGCGUGCCGCCAACGCCUGGCUCGGAUCCCACACUGUGGUGAGAAUGCCAUAAAGGCCACAUUAAAAAGGAGCCAU